AUGAUUGAACCGGGAACGUUGGAAUCGGGAUGUGGACGAUCGCUCUGGAAGCUGAACGACAAUACCGCGGAGAGUGCGCCGCCGCCGGGAAGGUACCUCCGAAUAACUGAUAGGAGACUACGCAUGUUGUCCGCCCUUGUGCGCGACCUUCGCUUCGAAAAACUUCUUGAGGCCGCAAUUCUGGCACAAAGCUACUGGCGGGGAAUCUUGUCACGCCGGGAGAAUAAACACAGGCUGCCGAUGCUACAGGAACGAAUGCGGCAGAGGGAAGCCGUAGAGCUUAUACAACAUGCGUACCGUAAUCAUCUUGCCACUCGCGGACCCAUCAAAGAGAAGCACGAGCUUCGGGCUCACCGUCUCUUGGUACAGCGUCUAGUGGUAAUUCAACGGCACCUUCGCGGUAGGCAGAGUGUAGUGGAGGAGCGAAACCGUGGCCUAGGUGUAAUUGUGCAAUUAAAUGAAGCCAUUUUAGAGGCCCGACGCCGGGUUGCGGCAUCCAUUGUCAUACAAUCUUCCUGGCGCAUGUGUGCUGUCCGCAUCCGCAUCCUGAGGCUGCUCGCCGCCACAAUUCGGGUUCAGUCCGUGUGGCGAGGUCACGUGGGUCGGGUGGAAGCACGUGAGAGGCGGGUCCGUGAGCGGCUGCGAAAGCAGGACCGAUUGGCGGUGCUCCUCCGUCAUGUUUAUCCGGUCCAAAAGCGGUGGAGAGGUGUGCUGGCGAUACGAAAGGCGAAAGAAUACGUGGAAGGUUUGAAGAAAAAUGUCGUGGCGUAUUUAGAAGAACAAGAGAGGAUAGUAGAUGCCAUGUGGGGUAGAUUCAAGUGCGUGGCAAAUGUAGAGUUGUCCGUGUUGAAGAUAUUGGAUGUGCUGCGUGCUUACCGUUCGCGAGAGGAAUGUGCUAAAAUGUAUCCUUCGAUGCUCACGCGACGUCGCUUUUUGUUACGCAUAGUAUGGAAGAAACGCGCAACUCAUAUUGCUGGGAUCAUGCGUGAGCAGCAACUAACGAAAUGGAUGUUGCAGCGGCGCCGCGAGGAGGUGGCGGACGCUGUUCUGCUCCUUCAGUGCGCCGUGCGCCGAUGGUUUGCCCAAAGGAAAAGUAUGGCCCUGCGCCGGGCGUUAGACUGGACGCAUGUAUGUGCCCGCAAGAUACAAUCCAUGUACAAACGUCAAAUGGGCCGCCGUAUGUUCUUAGAAGCCAAGAUGGCUACCAAACUGAGGGAGGAGCAACGUAUGAUCUCUCAACUGAGGCACUACUGCGCCUCCAAGAUACAGGCAACAUGGCGUAUGUUCACCGUGUGGCAUGAGAAUAAGGACUACCUUCAUUUCUUGCACCAUGGUCGUCAUAAAUAUGCAACAACUAUCAGGAAUGCUUGGAUCACCUACAGAGAGCGGCAACAGAAGAAAGUAAUCAUCGGGAUGCGUCUUAUGGAGCACCAGCAAAAACAGAGCGCUCAAGAGCAGCUUUUGUCAGUUUUGCGUAUCCAAGCCAUGGUCCGCAUGUUCCUCGUUCGAUCCCGAAUGCUGCGAGAUGGUGUGCAACUGCGACCGACGCUGGCCAAGCUGCAUCGCUCCGCGAGAAGUAUUCAGAUGUCCUGGCGUCGACACGCUGCCUAUGAGUACGUUUCGCAACUCCGCUUUUCGCGUGCGUACUACGACCAACACAAGGUGAACAUGGAGUCCCUGCACACGUACGCAACCAUGAUCCAAUCUCUGGUGCGGGCAAAGGUCAUCAACCCGUGGCUGGUAGCGGUACGGGAGCUGGAGCUCGAGCAAGCUAGCACAGAAGAGAAAGAAAGAAGACGGGAGAAAAUGUUAAAAACAUAUGCUCUAUUUACAAAAGAAAAUAUGUUCCCCGGCGCAGGUAACAGACUUUCCGCAUGCGGCCCCGAAGCCCUUGUGGCGGGAGGAAGAACGUCACUCGAUACCGGCUCUUUUGUGACUCCCCUCCGGAACACAGGUACGAGUUAUAUCUCUGAGGGUCCAUGUUCAUUCAGUGUGAAGCUAUGUGAAACGUGCGUAUUGCCAACUCGGUCAGUGAGUCGCUCUUGUCUGUCGGGCACGUCGCAAUCCGCAGAUAUUUGCGCGCAGAAGGGUGACGAGCACCAAUCGUUGGACACUACUAGCUUACACCAAGUCGAUGGCCAGAGAUCACCCUCCUCGGACCAAUUAGACGUAGUCAAGUCUUGCACCGCAAACGCUGUUCACCCGCCUUUGCGCAACAUGGACACGAGGUCAACUACUAUUCUCGGUUCCUUGUCAGCUAUCUUUUCAGGACGCCCUGAUCUGGAGGGUUCUGCCGAUGGACGCAGAACCUCUGCAGGGUUGAGGGGGAGGGAAACUUCGCAUUCUUCGUGUCCAGCAGGGUCUGAGUUUGCAAGCGUCACAACAUCUGAAUAUUCUUCCUCUCUAUGCUAUGAUCCAGUUGUUCUUGCCGCGGUGGUUGCAUUAAUUCAGCGCUGCGGUCGUGGAUUUCUUUCGCGGGCUUCCACACGACGGAGCCUUCAGAAAAGUGAUCGGUGGCUGGCCGCCGUUGAUAUACAGCGGAUGUGGCGUGGGUUCUGCGCUCGGCAGCUGGUUGAGGUUUACUACGAGUUCUACACGGAAGAGGUGGAGGUAGCCGCAGCCGAGUAA